CAGCAGCAGCAGCAGCAGCAGCACUGUCGGGAUCCCUUACUGGGCUGGCUGGAGAUCGCAAUUAGCUAUCGGGAGAGCUUUCACAGUCUGGACUGUACGAUGGUGCGUGCCCGCGAUCUACCCGCCAUGGAUGCCGCCGGCCUGACCGAUCCCUAUUGCAAGCUAAAUAUUGUAACGCCCGAGGGGCAUACGAAAUACACGCGCUGGCAGCGCACAAAGACGGUCCACAAGACCCGCAACCCCGAGUUCAACGAGACGCUCCAGUUUGUGGGCGUUGAACCCGAGGAGUUGGGCAAUUCCCUGCUCUAUGUGGCACUCUUCGAUGAUGACAAAUAUGGGCAUGACUUUCUAGGCGCAGCCAAGGUCUGUCUAUCCACGGUACACAGUACCACACAAUAUCGCAUCUCAGUGCCGCUGGGCAUUGAGGAUCAGUACAGCAAUGAGGCGGACUUGUCGCAGAACUGGCCCAACGGCAAGAUGCUCAUCUCUCUCUGCUACAACACCAAGCGUCGGGCGCUCGUCGUCAAUGUGAAGCAGUGCAUCAAUCUGCUGGCUAUGGACAACAAUGGCAGCUCCGAUCCGUUUGUCAAGCUACAACUUAAGCCCGAUGCGCACAAGAAUAAGAAGCACAAGACAAGCGUCAAAUGGCGAACAUUAAAUCCCAUUUACAACGAGGAGUUCUAUUUCGAGGCGAGUCCCCACGACCUCAACAAGGAGAUGCUUAUAUUAACCGUAUGGGACAAGGAUUUGGGCAAGAGCAACGAUUUCCUGGGCAGUCUCCAGCUGGGUGCCCAGAGCAAGGGGGAGCGCCUUCAGCAGUGGCUCGACUGUAUUCGGCUGCCCGAUCACUUCCAUGAGAAGUGGCAUGCACUGGCCCCCGAUAAUCCGACCCACUAG